UAUGAUUGCAUUACAACACAUGCUCAUUGCAUUAUCAUAAUCAGCAGCGACCGUCUUUCCAUGCUCUGUUUGUCAACUGAGCACAGGACGGCCAUAAUUGUGACAACAUAACUACAAAAUCAUGACAGGGCGUGUCAUAAUCAUAACAGGAGCAAACUCUGGCAUCGGAUUCCGUGCUGCAGAACAGCUGUGUGAGGCAGGAAAUGAUGUAAUUCUAGCCUGUCGCAGUGAGGAACGUGCCAAGGCGGCCAUUGAGAAGAUCUUCAAACGGUCGCCGAAUGCAUUGGCCACAUUCAUGCAGUGUGACUUGAGUGACCUGACAUCUGUCAGAAAGUUUGUGGAGGACUUCCAUGCCACAGGGAAGAAGCUGCAUGUAUUGGUCAACAAUGCCGGUGUUCAUCUGUCCAAAGACAACCGCCGACAAUUCUCGGCAGAUAACUUUGAGCUCACCAUGGGAACUAACCACCUUGGACCAUUUCUACUGACCCACCUGUUACUGGACGACCUGAAGAAAACUGCAGCAGAUGGCGACGCAGAUUGUCGUAUCAUCAAUGUGACAUCAUCUCUCCAUGAUCCGGCUGCACCCCCAAAGACCCCAUUAAGGAGGCAUGCAUUAGACGUGGAGAAUUUUUUCCUGGAGAAAGAAGGGACCUACAACAACCAGCUUAGCUACAAAAAUUCCAAGUGUGCAAUGAUUCUUACCACAUACGAAUUAUCUGAACGUCUUAAGGACACCGGAGUGACGGUCAACACACUGUGUCCAGGCUUCAUACCCAGUACAGAGUUGUGUCGACAUGCAGGAGGAGGUCAGAAGUUUUUCCUGCGAUACAUCCUGGGUACAAUUCUACGUCCAGUGAUGAAGCCUGUGAAAACAAUUGACGAUGGUGCCAAAGCUAUUGUGGAUGUAGUUGCAAACGAGGAUUUAAAAGGUGUCACUGGUAAAUACUACAAGGAUCUGGUGGAGAUAGUUUCAUCAGAGGAGUCUAGGAAUAAGGAGUUACAGACAGCUGUCUACGAGCUCAGUGCCCGUUACUGCCACUUAGAAGGUUAUGAACCUCUUGAUGCACCCACCCCUCCCCCUGAGGAGCCAAAACCCAGUCCAAAAAAGUCCAAGAAGGUGAAAAAAGCUGUGGUGCCUGAAGAGACGGCUGGUCCUAGUGGUGACAUUGAAGUUGCAAAGGAGGACAAAAAAGAAUCUGAAGAUAAAACUGAUGAUGAAAUUAAAUUUGCUGACGAAGAUGACAAACCAGAUGAGACAACAGUGAGCAAGACAGAAGAAUCCAAGGAAGAAGUGAAGGAUUCUGGGAAAGAAGAAGCUCCCGAGGAUACCGGAAAAGAGGAAGAACCAAAGGAUACCAAAAAAGAGGAAGAACCAAAGGAUGCCAAAAAAGAGGAGGAAGUUAAGGAUGUAGAGAAGGAGGAAGUGAAAGAUUCUGAGAACGAAGAUGGAGUGAAGGAUUCAGAGAAAGAAGAAGUAAAGGACAGUGGAGACUACAAAGGAUAUUGAGUCUGUAGAAGAAGGAAAGAAGAUAGAGGAAUCGACUCCCGCUAUCACAGCGGAAAUCACUGUGGCCUAGGUAUGGCAGAGGUGACAUGUUACUAGUUUAAUACAGGAAAUGGUCUAAGAGAUGAAUGUGUACAUUAUGAUAUUGUGCAAUACAUGAUACAGUCACCCAAAAACUGUGACAUUUAACAACUGUUUUCUUAGAAAUAUUUGAAGGACUUAAGAAAUGUUGUUCGUUGAAUACAUAAAAAUCUGUGUAUGUUGUAUUGGUAUGUGACACAGCUUGGCAGUCCAUUUGUAUAUGGAGACUGCUUUUGUAGACAAAUCCUGCUUUUGUAGGCCAUUACAUUUCCUUUCCAUGCAAUUAACAUUAAACAUAUAUAGAUUGCAUAUUGAAUUGUCACACCAUGAAAUAAGAAUCUCAUUGUUUUAGCCUUUCAGUUCUGUUCACAGAAAAAAUAAUUUUGUAGAUGGUGCUAAAUAUUAGAUCGGCCUAUAUAUAUUUAGAUGCUUAAAUUUUGGUCCAAUUUAGAUAUUUUAACAUUUAAUAUGUUACUGAUGGAAAAAGGAUUUGUUUUUAAAAGAUUUUUUUUAUGAGGAUUCAAUGAAAGCACCCUUUUAGUUUCUCCUGUAUUACAGAUAUUCAGCCAAGAAAUGCAAUGUCAGGAGACCAGUGCCUUGUAAGGGGAUGGACGUCCUGAUGUUAUUACACUGGACAGAAUUUCAAAAUAUCUGAUUAUCUUGUUCUUUGACUGUCAUUGGUCUACAGAAAGUAGGUUACGGCCAUUUUUCUUUCAGAAUUUCAAUUGAAUAUAGAAGCUUGUAUCAGAAGAAAAAGUAAAAUUUCAUGCAUUUUUUGAAAAUUUUAAUCAGCUGAUAACAUUUUUUUGUCAGUGCUGAAUUAUUUCUUAGAGUUAAUAUGCAAGAUGGUUAAGGAUUGGUACACCUUAAGUAUUAUAUUGUAAUUAGUGAAUCGAAAUACCAACGGAAUGUUAAAAAGAUAUAUCUUAAUUUUCAUUUAUAGGACCAGGCCUGAAACCUGCUGGUAGUAAACUAAUACACCAAAUUUUUAUACAGUUUUAUUUUGUAAUGUAAACUUACUUUUGCUACAAGUGUUUUAAAAAUACAGAUAUUUAUAUAUAUAUAUGAUGUUGUUUAGUGCCUGUGCAGUCGUACCGUGGAGUUGUUGUGACUGACGUUUUAUCUGUACAGCAACAACUAUUUGGGUGCACUUUCAAAGUAUGUGGAAGAUGAUACUUCAAUCAACUUUCAACAUUUAAUUUUUUCAAAGGUUGUUAAUGAGAUUACUGGUAUGCUACGCAAUUGCCAUCAGCUUUCACUUUGCAAGUCACAUGCAGUUGAUGGAUGUAGAAGUAUACACAAGUCAUUUUUAUACACUAAGCAUUUACAUAAAAGCUUGUCUUAUACAUUAUAUGCUAUUCACAAGUAUAUUCCACUUUUUUGUUUGUAUUGUUUAUAUUUAAAUCAAUUUACUUUUUAUACACAUGGUAUUUUAUUAAAAGUCUACCAUUAUUUUACAAUGCAUAAUGUUUAAUUAACAAUAUAUGUUGUCAAUUCACUAUUUCAUGGAUUGAUAUUUCAAAGUAUCAUUUCACUGGACUGCAUUGGUAAACACGAGUUGAAAACUUUAAGUCUGAUAAUUUUGAUCUGGAGAAUUUGUUCCAGACACAGGAUACCAGCCAUCAGAAUUUAUGUUUUUUAUGUUGCUGAAUAUUUUGCUUUUCUGAUCUGGAUAUUUUGUUCCAGACACUUAAGAGGUACCUGGUAUCAGAAUUUAUGUAGGUAGAUGUUGCAGAAUUUUGACAUGAACAAUGUUAACAUUGAGUUUACGAAAGCUUCUCAUGUAUAAUAUUUGAUAUUCUUAUAAGGAAAUGUAUUUAAAAUAAAUUUAAUAUGAAUUGAAGCUAUGUUGGUUAGAUCUUUCAAAACUGAAUUACCCAGGUAAUUCCUGAGUUAGACUCAUUUUACCAGUGCAGUCCUUUACCAUACUAGUAUUAUUUGUAUAUGUCCAUUCUAAUUAUUUACCGUUGUAGACUUCAUAACUAGCCAAGAGACUGGCCAACUAUGUCAUUACCUCUAGUUAAGUCAAACUGGACUACAUCGAUGUUGAGGUUUUGAUGAGUUAAAUGCUGAAUCAAAAUUUCACUGAUUGACUCAAAAACACUCUUAAAUUAUUGAAGAUCAACUGCUAUAGAAAAAAGGGAAAGAUUUUUUUGUGUGUUUCAAUUUGUUUCAAAUGGGUGUUUUCAUUAGCAGGUCCUGCAAAAUCUUAAAUGAAACAUUUCGGGCAUAAAUCUUGACGGCCCAUAGUGGCCUGGCCUGAGAGCAAUAUAAUAAGACCACUAGGUGUGUCGAGGCUAGUCUUGAGAGCAACAUGACUACAAGGUUCAUCAAGGCCUAAGACCACCAGGUCGGUCCUUUCUCCUGUAACAAUUCUGGUCCAAACAUUUGGACCAGCUGCCAUAAAUGAAAGCGACCAAGUUAAUUCUUACCAUGACAGAAGUUUGGGCAGUAAAUGUUAGAUUUGAUGGAAAUAUAUUCUCAUUAGCAACCUUUUAUUUUGUAUGAAUUAUUGCUAUACACUUGUAUUUAUAUAACAUGUGUACACUUGUGUUCAAAACGAUAUACUCAUUUAAUGAUAAACCAAUUUUUUUUUACCUUUUUGUUUUGCCUGGAAAAAUAUUUUUUGUAUUCAAUAAUUAAUUUACAAAGUUAUACAUGUAUAUGUUUCAUACAGGGUUUUAUUAUAAGGUUGUUAAAUAACUUUUGAUAAUGCUUUUUUUUUUUUUUUUUGCAAUAACACAACCUUUUCACUUUCAUAUGUAACUCUUUGUCCUGUUUUAGGGGACAAUUUUAAGUCCCAUUUUACUCACUAGGCACAGUAUUUAUAUGUGUUCUAAACACCAUUAGAUGUGACAACAAUAGAUCUGCCUGAAAAUUAAACAUGGGCGGUAUGUGAUGAACAAAAUAAAAAUCUUUUUAAAUUCUACAUAUAAUAUCCUUACAAUAGUCAUCCAGCAAUAAGCAAAUGCUUCAAUAGUGAAAAUGCUCCCAAAUAAUAUUUAAUAUGCUUGCAUUAAUCCCACCAUAAACUGUCACAAUAUAUCUGUUGGGGGUCUCUUCGGUGUUUAUUACAGGAUAAAUACAAUACUGUCCUAAUCAUUGUUACUUAAAAAGUUGAAAAUAAUAUGACAGUAUUUUGUAAAAACCAAAGUGAAUGCUAUUGGUAAAUUUACUUUUCAAAGAGUUUGGAUUAAUACACUUUGAUGAAAUACCUUAUAAGGAAGCCAAAAUUUUGGUUUGGCAUGUAUGCCUGUAUAUUUUCUUAUAUUAUUUUGUUAUGUCAAACAAUUCAAUUUCUUUUCUUUUUUUUUGGUCUAGAAUUUUAUUGCUUGAUGCAAUGUUGAAAGCUGAUUUUCUAGUCAAGAUACAAUGUUUUUUGUCAGUUUAACAGGUUUAAAGACUUUGAGAGCAUUUUGAUUAAGUAACUGGUUUAGACAUUGGUCUGUGAGAAGACGUAGAUUUGUGUGUUGUAGGCAGAGAUUCUUGCAGAUAGACUGAUAUUAUUGGUUAACAAAGUAUAUUCUAUAAUAGUUGUUCACCAACUUUUUGUUACAUAAGAUGGUUGUUGAUUGGUUACACUGAUUUGUAAGGACAUUCCUGAUUGGUUGUGGGUUUAGACUUGUAUGUUAAUUAGGUAUGCCUUGUUAUGAAUGGUUUGAUAUAUUUUGUUAUUGUUGACACCUGGCAGUAGUCGGUUCUCUGUGACCUUGUUCACCAUUCAAGUCAAGGUUACAGAACCAAAAAUGACCUUAGGUCGACUAGAGUAAUUUGAAGCCAGUAUCUUAAUCAAAACACUGACGUUUAUUGUGUUACUCUAUUACUGGGAAAGAUGUGGAAUUUAAGUGGCAAACUAACAUAGAUCAAGGUCACAUUUGUGUUAAACCUGGGAAACUUAAUUAGGUCAAGGUCAAAUUUGUGAGCACAUGCUUUGGUCAUGGUAUUUGUUGUCAUUGCAAUGUACUAUUUUGUAAUAUACUUUUUAUCAAAAUUUUAAUAAAAUGUAUAUAGUUA